AUGCAACACGUCGGAGGGUAUGAAGGUGAUAAAGAUAUCCAGCACUUAGAGAAGGAUAAUUCUGAUCUAGACCAAAACUCGCCUGAUGAAGUGUCACCAAAAAUUGUUGCAGCUACCGUGAGAGCUGCCCAGAAGCCUGUCGACCUCUUAACCGACAACACGUUUUGCGGAAAUGACCCCUCCGACCUCUUUGCCUCCACUGCCGAACGAGCGUUGUGGAAGGUUUUAUAUGUCGUCGCGACCGUGACUGGGAAGAAAGCUCUGCCUUGCUGCACAGUCAUCUUUAAGGGGUGGCUGAUCCGUACUCGCGAAGCUUUGACUAAGUGCGAUGGGUUGCACACAGUUAGUCUGGAGGAUAUUCAGCUCUAA